GAGGAGGAGAUGCCGCUGGGGCUGAAGCCGACAUGCAGCGUGUGUCGCACCACCUCCUCCUCCAUGUGGAAGAAAGGAGGCCAGGGUGAGAUCCUUUGCAACAACUGCACGGGUCGCCCAGGGCCGCCCGGCGCCGGAGGAGCCGCCUACGCCACCACUUCGGCCGCUGCGCAGCACAGCAACGGCGGCGGCGGGGGGAGCGGCGGUGGCGGCGGAGGGAAGCAGAGUAAGCAAGAAAUUCACAGGAGAUCUGCUCGACUGAGGAACACGAAGUACAAGUCUGCUCCUGCGGCUGAAAAGAAAGUUUCCACUAAAGGAAAAGGAAGAAGGCACAUUUUUAAAUUAAAAAAUCCCAUCAAAGCUCCAGAGUCUGUAGCCACUAUUAUUACGGCAGAAUCUAUCUUUUAUAAGGGAGUUUACUAUCAGAUUGGAGAUGUUGUUUCAGUAAUUGAUGAGCAGGAUGGUAAAACAUACUAUGCUCAAAUUAGAGGGUUUAUUCAAGACCAGUACUGUGAAAAAAGUGCAGCUUUAACAUGGCUCAUUCCUACUACAGCUAGCCCCAAAGACUGUUUUGACCCUGCAACUUACAUAAUAGGACCAGAAGAAGAUCUCCCAAGGAAAAUCGAAUACUUAGAUUUUGUUUGUCAUGCACCAUCAGAGUAUUUCAAGUCUCGAUCAUCCCCUUUUCCUACCAUUCCUACUAGGCCAGAAAAAGGUUAUAUCUGGACUCACGUUGGACCUACUCCAGCAAUCUCAAUCAAGGAAACUGUGGCCAGCAGCCUAUAGGCUGUCUGGCUUGAGAAAUUCCUUCUUUAUAAAAUUACACAUUAUUUUGUAUUAAAUUACCCACCUGGCUCUAGAAGUGGUUUUUAUUUUUUUUUUAAAAAUGGGUGCCUUUGUUAUAAUCAAGUCUUCAACUUCUCUAAAACUUUCUUUUCUCUUCUCUGUCUAAAGUACAUUAUUCACCUUUGUUGUGAGGUCUACACCUUAUAUUUGUCUUAUUUGCGUUAUGUAGAAAUAUACAAAUGUUACUUUCUCUACAGUGUCUUUCUGUCUGCAAAAGAACACUGAUCUAAGCAUUAUAAUGUAAUGUUGAUGUGAGUGUGGGUGAACGGGUGUAGACAUCCUGCUGAAAAACCUUGUUUUAUUCCAAAAAUGUUGAUGCCUCUAUGAAGACAGUCCUAGCUAUGGGUUGAAAACAAAGUAGGUAAGUCCCUAGGAGCUCUAGGAAAAAAAGGAGGGUAGGAGCUCUAGGAAAAAAAGCCUUUGUAUGCUACUGAGUUUAAUAAAGGAAGAAAGAUACAAAUUUAGAACUAAAUCUAAGAACUAAACCCAACAUGUCAACUAUGUAGGCUUGUAAAGUCUGUAGUGAAUAAGGUAUGCCUUUGGAAACUGAUUUCAUAGUAGGUCAGAAAAGUUAGUAAAAUAGUUGAUGGCUGCUGUUUUGUUGACUUAAUUUUACAAUUUGUCACACAAGUUAUAGAAAUACUUAUAAUCUAUAAACAAACUCAUUGAACAGACACAAAAUGGUAACUAAAACUUCUUGUAACUGCUUAAAAAAUGUAGCUGUCUGUCCCACAUGCCCUUGUUAAAAAUUUCAGUGUACUUAUGAACGGAACUCUGGCAUAGGUAGGCACGUAAGGUACUUCUGCAUUCCUUCAGGAGUCACACAGCUGGGAAGAAGUUUUUAUACAUAAAUGUUCACUAAUAUGAAAUUUUAAAAAAUGUUAACAAUUGGUUAUGAAACUCAAUGGAGAAAUGCAUAUGCAGACUUUAUUUUGAAUUAUACUGGGUUGCUACAGAAUAGGGUAGAAGUUUUUAAAGGCUUAUUUUCCUUGAAAACCAUUUGUGGGUUCUCUCCCCCUCACCAAUAGUUUCUCAGAUCAGUAGUUACUUGCAUUCUGAUCACUCUGCUAUUUUUUUGAAACUAAGCAACACUAAAGUUUAUUUAAGACAGAAACCUAGAUCUACUGUACUGCUUCUAUUUAGUAGUACCUUUUAGAAGUAUGCUGUAUACAAAAUGUUUUUAAAGAUACUUUCAAUGAGCAGUAAAAAGCAAAAACAUGCUUUCUGUAAAUAAAAACUGUAGUUAUAUAAAAAUAUGACACAAUCUUAAAUUAGAAAAAAACAACCUCUCUUAUGUACAGCAAAAGCAAGUAAUGUACAGAAUCAGCCUAACUUAUUAAAAUUACUGGAUGCGAUUCUU